GCUUCCUGAGGAGGAAACAGAAGAAAGGAGAGUUUUGAAAGCAAUUAGCAAACAAUGGGUUGCAAACUAUCCUGUGGUUCGUCACAAAAUUCUUUCCAACUUGCAUGUGGUUAACCCAUGCAUGGCUCAGGUUUUAGAUCUAUGGCAAAAAAAUUAUACGGAGUUGCGCCUUUUAAAUUUAGGUGAACUUACUAAGGCUGCAGUAGCUGUUGAUCUGAUGGAAUUUCAAACUUGGAGUAGGAAGGCCAUUGAUUCUGUGAGAAACCAACUGAUGAAUAUUUGGUAUCCCUCUAUUCGUAGUAUUUACUGCCAGGGCUACAAGAAGAAACUUGUUCCCAGCUCAGAAAAUAAAUCACUCAACCGAAACUUUUUUAAUUGUCUUGCCACUCUUAUGUCCUACCAGUUGCAGUGCUUGGGACUUUCUUCAUUACAUGACUACAUGUUUUUUAUUAAUGAUAUAGGGUAUUCUAAUCCAGGUUUUGAAGUACACCUUAAUUUGCGUCAGAAAACUAUUCAGUUUGAACCAGCUUUCCACAUGUACAGGGAUAUUUUGUCUAAACUGUUGGAUUUAUUAGUGGAAGCUGUAGGAGAUCUUCCUCGUAUGGAAAGACAGUUAUAUGCUGAUUGGGAUGGACCUGUUGGUGAACUUCAUCCUGUAAUUCCCACUGACUUAAUUGGAAAAUAUAAAAUUAAUAUUGAGGAACUAAUAGCAGAGCACAGGAUUGGUGUUGAAAUGCGUGUUUCAGACUUUGACCCUUUCAUCAAACUAGUGAACGGAGAAGCUCAAGAGGAAUUGGAGAUGUUUCUGUCUGAGGAACACACAUUUGAUGAAUAUUGUUCUGAAGUUGAAAAAUACUAUCAACUUCAGGUGGAAAUGCCCAUGAAUCUAGAACAUACAAUAACAAUGGGGAUCUUUGACAUGCACCGAGGAGAAUUUAUUGGGGCACUUGUUCAUUCUGCCAAAAAUCUUAAAGAACAAUUGAUUGCCCGAAUGACACAGGAUUAUCAGGAGAUGUGUAAAAGACUCGGUGAAGAAUAUGCAGAAAUAGCUGAACGUGCUUUAACUGUACCAGAAUCAACAGAAGAGCUUAUGGCCCUGAUUGAGUAUGUUCAAGGUGUUGAGAGUGAAACUGUUGUAGAGAUGGAAGACCGUCUUCGCGUUGUCAUGGCAUACAUGAUCUUUCUUGCCGAUUAUACAACUUAUUCUCCUAUUGAAAUGAAGCACAACUCAAUUACUCUUCAGUGGUACAAUCGAAUGCCUAAUGUGUUUGAUGAAAACAGAGCCAUGUGUGAACAGAAGACUGUAGAAUUUCAAGAUGCACUAAAGAUGAAAAUAGAAGCAUUUACUGCAGACUUAGAUGCAUAUGCUAAACAAGUUGAAGAAUUCCCAAGCUAUGGAGAUAUUGAUGAUUUACCAAAAUAUUUCAAAAAAAUGAAUCAACUUGAUGCCAAAUUGGAACAAGCAUUUGAAAGAAUUGAUCAAUUUAAUGCUGAGGAGCGUGCGUUUGGCUUUGAGGAGACGGAUUAUCCUACUUUGAAAAUGCUCAAUGAAGCAUUAGGUCCAUACAAAAAGCUGUAUACAAAUGGUAUGGACUUUGUAGAAAAACAUGAAAUGUGGAUGUCACACCAAGUGGGAUCUUUUGAACCAGAAGUGAUUGAAAAUGAAACAGGAAGCUGUUACAGAAAUAUUCAUAAACUGGAAAAGGCACUCUCUGAUGCUCCAGCAGCCAAAAAUCUUGCCACUGUUAUUCUAGAGAAAAUAGAUGAAUUCAAGCAACAUCAACCCAUAAUCAACACCCUUGGAAACCCUGGAAUGAAAACAAGACAUUGGGAACAAGUUUCAGAACUAGUUGGCUUCCCCCUUCGAGCUGAUCCAGAAUUAACUCUAGCUAGAGUUCUUGACUUAGGUCUUGAUGAAUAUGUACCUCGUCUGGAAGUUAUAAGCGAGUCAGCAACAAAGGAGAAUAAUUUGGAAAAAACCCUUGAUAAAAUGAUGAAAGAGUGGGGAGACAUGGAAUUCAUUGUGGUGCCAUACAGAGAUUCAGGAACGUACAUAUUAUCAAGUGUAGAUGACAUUCAAUUGAUGUUGGAUGAUCACAUUACAAAGGUGCAGACCAUGAAAAAUUCCCCUUACAUCAAGCCAUUUGAGCAAACAAUCCAGGUGUGGGAAGGAAAACUAAUGCUCCUUCAAGAUGUUCUGGAUGAUUGGUUGAAAGUUCAGAUAACCUGGCUUUAUUUAGAACCCAUUUUUUCCUCUCCAGACAUCCAACAACAAAUGCCAGAAGAAGGCAGACGUUUCUCAGCUGUGGAUAAGGUAUGGAAGGACAUAAUGAAAGCUGUUUUGACAGAUUUACACGUUCUUGUGGUUCUUGAAAUUGAAAAAUUAUCUGAGAGACUGAAGAAAAGCAACCAGCUUUUAGAACUAAUUCUUAAAGGCCUUAAUGAAUACCUUGAAAAGAAGCGAGCAUUUUUUCCGAGGUUUUACUUUUUGUCAAAUGAUGAGUUACUUGAAAUUUUAUCAGAAACUAAAGAUCCAACUCGGGUGCAACCUCAUCUUAAAAAGUGCUUUGAAGGCAUUGCUAAACUUACUUUUACCGAGGAUCUUGAUGUGACUGUCAUGAAAUCCAGUGAAGGUGAAGAAGUUGAGCUUGUUGAUGUGAUUUCAACAAGCAAAGCUCGAGGCCAAGUUGAAAAAUGGCUUUUAGAGCUGGAAACAGAUAUGAAAAAGAGUGUCAGAAAGAUGGUCUGUGACGCUAUGGAGGCAUACCCAGCAAAGGCUCGUUCAGAAUGGGUGCUGGAUUGGCCAGGGCAAACAGUGUUGUGUGUGGCCAUGACCUAUUGGACAUCACAAGUCCAUGAAUCCAUUAGAACUGGUGAAAAGGGUUUACAAGACUUUCUUGACAAGAGCAAUUAUGAAAUAGGGCAAAUUAUUGAAUUAGUUCGCGGAAAAUUAUCCACUCAAACUCGGAUCACUUUAGGUGCCCUAGUAGUGCUUGAUGUGCAUGCUCGAGAUGUUUUAGUAGAUUUGGUAAAGCAGAAAGUUAACAGAGAAGAUGACUUUGCUUGGCUUUGUCAGCUCAGGUAUUACUGGGAAGAGGACCAAAUGGCAACACGCAUGAUCAGUGCCCAGCUCAUGUAUGGCUAUGAGUAUUUAGGAAAUUCUCCUCGGCUAGUCAUCACACCGCUGACUGAUCGUUGUUACCGCACUUUAUUUGGAGCACUUCAGUUACACUUGGGAGGUGCUCCUGAAGGACCUGCUGGUACUGGCAAAACAGAAACUACAAAGGAUCUGGCCAAAGCAGUCGCCAAACAGUGUGUUGUCUUUAAUUGUUCUGACGGGCUUGACUAUAUUGCUCUAGGAAAAUUUUUCAAGGGUUUAGCAUCAUGUGGUGCUUGGGCAUGUUUUGAUGAGUUCAAUCGCAUUGAUCUGGAAGUUUUGUCAGUUGUAGCUCAACAGAUUCUAACCAUACAGCGUGGAAUUAAUUCAGGUGCUGAAAGGAUAAUGUUUGAGGGAUCAGACAUUCCUCUUGAUCCUACUUGUUCUGUUUUUAUUACUAUGAAUCCUGGAUAUGCAGGUCGGUCUGAGCUGCCUGACAAUCUUAAGGCCUUGUUUAGAUCUGUGGCAAUGAUGGUUCCAGAUUAUGCAAUGAUUUCAGAAAUUGUUCUAUACUCAUGUGGUUUUAUAAAUGCAAGACCACUAGCUGUGAAAAUUGUAGCAACAUACAAAUUAUGUUCAGAACAACUUUCCUCACAAUGCCACUAUGAUUAUGGAAUGCGCGCUGUGAAAUCGGUGCUGAUUGCUGCUGGAAAUUUGAAGCUUAGAUACCCUCAAGAAUCUGAAGACAUUUUAAUGUUGCGGUCCAUCAAGGACGUUAAUCUUCCUAAAUUUUUAACUCAUGACUUACCCUUAUUUCUGGGAAUUACUUCAGACCUUUUUCCUGGAGUUGUGCUGCCUGACCCAGCCUAUGACAUACUCAACAAAGAAGUACGUGCUGCUUGCCAGGCGGCCAACAUUCAGUGUACAGUUCACUUUUUGGAAAAGGUUCAACAAAUUUAUGAAAUGAUGAUUGUUCGUCAUGGUUUUAUGAUUGUGGGCUUACCUUUUGGUGGAAAAACAACAGCAUACAGAAUGCUUGCUGAUGCUCUUGGUAGAAUUGAGGAGAGUGGAGAAUUGGAAGAAAACAAGGUUCAGAUUACUGUGAUUAAUCCUAAGUCAAUAACUAUGGGUCAACUUUAUGGACGCUUUGACCCAUCAUCUCAUGAAUGGUCAGAUGGCGUUCUUGCUGUUUGUUAUCGUCAGUUUGCUUCAUCUACUUCCCCUGAUAGGAAAUGGUUGAUAUUUGAUGGACCAGUUGAUGCUAUCUGGAUUGAGAACAUGAACACUGUUUUAGAUGACAACAAAAAAUUGUGCCUCAUGUCUGGUGAAAUUAUACAGUUAUCUCCAACCACCAACUUAAUAUUUGAACCAAUGGACUUGGAAGUGGCUUCCCCUGCUACAGUGUCUCGGUGUGGUAUGAUUUACAUGGAGCCAUCCACACUUGGUUGGGAGGUAUUGGUACUCUCCUGGCUGAACACUCUCCCUGCGGCUAUCAAUGAUCAUAAUAAGACUAUGAUCAGAUCCAUGUUCCUGCGUUUCUGCCCUCCCUUACUUUGGAUUAUAAGGAGAGGAUAUGUGAAGGAAAUAUCGUCUACCCUUGAUUCUAAUCUCAUCCGAUCCCUGACUAGACUCUUUGAUUGCUACAUGGAUGACUUUGGGGAUCCAGCUUUUGUUGAAGGAAUUUCAGAUUUGGAUAUUCGCGCACAACUGGAGGGAGUAUUUUUCUUUUCAUGCAUUUGGGGUUUAGGGGGAAAUUUAGAUUCCCCUAGCCGAGAAAAGUUUAGCAUUCUUUUCCGUGGUUUACUAGAAAAGGAGUUUCCAGCUAAACUGAAAUCUGACUUUGGACUUUUGGAGAACAUCCCCCCUCCUGUAAAGAACUACAUUUUCACUAUUCCAACUGAUGGUCUUGUAUUUGACUACAGAUUCAUCAAAGAGGGCAAAGGAAAGUGGAAGCUCUGGGCUGAUGAUCUAGCUAAUUGUCCACCAAUUCCACGUGAUGUUCCUGUCAACCAGAUCAUUGUCCCAACUGUUGAAACUGUCAGGUGUACUUCCCUUAUGACAAUGCUUUCUACACACAUGAAACCUCUUAUGCUGAUCGGCCCCACUGGAACAGGCAAAUCUGUGUACACAUCUGACUUCCUUCUGAAGAAGCUUGACUCAAACCAGUACAAACCCCUUUUUAUUAACUUCUCAGCCCAAACAUCAGCUAACCAGACCCAGGACAUCAUUAUGAGUAAACUCGACAAACGACGCAAAGGAGUUUAUGGACCACCUUUGGGUAAGGUUUGUAUUGUAUUUAUUGAUGAUGUGAGUAUGCCAUUAAAGGAGACAUAUGGAGCACAACCACCCAUAGAAAUUUUACGACAACUCCUAGACCAUGAACAGUGGUAUGACAGGAAGGAUAUAGUCCCUAUGAAAAUAGUAGAUCUAUUGAUGAUGUCUGCAAUGGGUCCUCCCAGUGGUGGAAAUACUGUAACUCCAAGAUUUUCACGGCAUUUUAAUCAGUUGUGCAUCAAUGAAUUCAAUGACGAAACUAUGAUUGCUAUCUUUAAUAAAAUAAUGCUGUGGCAUUUGGAUACAAGAGGUUUCAGCAAGGAGUUUGAUCCAUGCAUAGAUGAAAUAGUUCUUGCAACACUAGAUGUGUACAAACAGAGUUUGCUUAAUUUACUUCCAACACCUACCAAAUCUCAUUAUCUCUUUAAUCUGAGAGAUUUUUCAAGAGUCAUUCAGGGUGUCCUUCUUUCUGUCCCUGAGACAAUGGAGGAUCUUGUUGCAAUGAAGAGGCUCUGGGUACAUGAAGUGCUCCGCGUGUACUAUGACCGAUUAGUGGAUGAUAAUGACAGAACUUGGUUGAUAAAUUUGCUGCACUCAAUAUGCAAACCACGAUUAUCUGAAGAUCUGAACAAAAUGUUUUCACGUAUUGCAACACCUGGACAGCCUGUGGGAGAAACUGAGCUUCGUAAGCUCAUAUACUGUGACUUUACUGACCCCAAAGCAGAUACUCGACAUUACCUUGAGGUUCAGGAUCUUGAUCAUCUCAGAAGUGUGACGGAGGGCUACCUUGUUGAGUUCAACAAUAUGACUAAAAAGCCAAUGAAUCUAGUGCUCUUUAGGUUUGCUGUUGAGCACUUAUCUCGGAUAUGCCGCAUACUGAAGCAACCCAGAAGCCAUGGUCUUUUGGUUGGAGUUGGUGGUUCAGGAAGACAAUCUCUUACUCGUCUAGCAACUCACAUUUCUGAAUAUGACUUUUAUCAGGUGGAGAUGACCAGAACAUAUGGAUCAGAUGAAUGGCAUGAAGAUCUUAAAAACAUUCUUAGUAAGACAGCAAGUACUGAUGUUCAUGGGGUAUUUCUCUUUACUGAUACUCAGAUUAAAGAGGAAACAUUUUUAGAGGAUAUCAAUAAUUUGUUAAAUUCUGGAGAAGUGCCAAAUCUUUUCCCAUCUGAUGAAAAGAUGGAAAUUUGUGAAAAGAUGAGAAUACUCGAUAGACAAAAGGAAAAAUCCCAGCAGACGGAUGGGAGUCCUGUUGCUCUUUUCAAUAUGUUUGUUCAAAUUGUCAGGGAACAACUUCAUGUUGUCCUUGCUAUGAGUCCCAUUGGUGAUGGCUUCCGCAACAAUAUUCGGAAAUUCCCAUCCAUUGUCAACUGUUGCACUAUUGACUGGUUUCAGCCCUGGCCUGAAGAUGCACUUCAGGCUGUAGCUACUAGGUUCUUGAGUGAAAUUGAACUCCCAUCCAUGGAACGGGAGGCAUGCAUUGAAACUUGCAAAAUGUUCCACACAAGUACUCAUCUUUUGUCACAAGAAAUGUUCACAAGAUUUAGACGGCGUAGCUAUGUGACACCUACUUCAUAUCUUGAGCUGAUUUCUACUUUUAAAACUCUCCUUUCUAAAAUAAGAAGCGAUAUAUUAACUGUGAAAUCUCGCUAUGAGGUUGGUUUAGGGAAGUUGGACAAUGCAGCCGAGCAGGUUGGGCUAAUGCAAAAUGAACUUGUAGCAUUACAACCUAAACUGCUUGAGGCUUCAGCUCAAGUACAAGUUAUGAUGGCAAAAGUUGAAUCAGAAAGUGCAGAUGUUGCAAAAGUUGCAGAAGUAGUAAAGGCCGAUGAAGAAGUGGCAAAUGAACAAGCUGCUGCAGCACAAGCUAUCAAAGAUGAAUGUGAUGCUGAUUUAGCAGAGGCAUGGCCAAUAAUGGAGGCAGCAUUGGCUGCACUAAACACGUUGACACCAGCAGAUAUUACUGUAGUUAAGGCAAUGAAAAAUCCACCCAAAGGCGUGAAGAUUGUAAUGGAAGCCAUAUGUAUUCUGAAGGAAGUUAAACCUGAUCGCAUUCCCGAUCCUGCUUCUGGGAAAAUGACUGAAGAUUAUUGGGGUCCGUCAAAAAGAGUCUUGAAUGAUAUAAAAUUCCUUGAAAGCUUAAUUUUAUAUGAUAAGGACAAUAUUCCACCUCAUAUCAUGCAAAAACUACAGAAGAGUAUUUUGAACGAUGAGAGUUUUGAUCCUGAUAAAAUUAAAUCUGCAUCUACUGCUGCAGAAGGUUUGUGCAAGUGGGUUAUAGCCAUCUCAAAAUAUGAUAAAGUAGCAAAGGUUGUUGCUCCCAAGAAAGCAAGAUUGGCCAUAGCUGAAGGAGAAUAUUCAGUGGCAAUGCAAGCCCUAGAGGUUAAACGAAAUCAGCUAAAAGAAGUCCAAGAUAAGUUAAAAAAAUUGGAAGAUGUUCUUGAAAUGAACAAAAGCCGUAUGCAAGAAUUGCAAGAUGACACAGAUCUAUGCAAAUUGAAGCUGCAAAGGGCUGAAGAACUGAUUGGUGGCUUAGGAGGUGAAAAGAAUAGGUGGAUGUCUACAGCCAAAGCAUUAGGCGAGCGGUAUUACAUGUUGACUGGAGAUGUUUUGAUUGGCGCCGGCAUUGUGGCAUAUCUUGGACCAUUCCCCGCCCAAAUGCGUUCCACACAAAUCUCAAAAUGGACAGAUAUUGUGUCAAACUUUAAAAUUAUUUGCUCCUCUGACUUUUCACUAACUGCAACUUUGGGAGAUGCUGUUGAAAUUCGUCAAUGGAACAUAUUUGGUUUACCAUCUGAUUCUUUCUCUGUAGAAAAUGCCAUCAUUGUUAAGAAUGCUCGUCGUUGGCCGUUGAUUAUUGAUCCCCAAGGACAAGCUAAUCGUUGGAUAAAGAAUAUGGAGAAAGCAAAUAAUUGUUCUGUUGUUCGUUUAUCCAAUCCUGAUUAUAUGCGUGUGUUAGAAAAUUGCAUUCAGUUUGGUCAGCCGGUUCUCAUGGAAAAUUUGGGGGAGGACAUAGAUGCUGUUUUAGAGCCGCUUCUCCUCCGGCAAGUGUUUAAGCAAGGAUCAGGAAUGUGUAUAAAAUUAGGGGAUAGUGUUGUGGAGUACAAUGACAAUUUCCGAUUUUAUAUGACCACUAAGUUGCGCAAUCCUCAUUAUUUACCCGAGAUUGCUGUGAAAGUCACACUCUUAAAUUUUAUGAUAACACCAGAUGGCCUUCAAGAUCAAUUAUUAGGCAUUGUCGUUGCUAAAGAGCGACCUGAUCUUGAAGCUGAAAAAAAUCAGCUCAUAGUCCAGGGUGCAGAAAAUAAGAGAACAUUGCAAGAAAUUGAAGAUAAAAUAUUGUAUGUAUUGUCAUCUUCUGAAGGGAAUAUUUUGGAAGAUGAAACAGCUGUUCAGAUAUUAAGCUCUUCAAAAGCUCUUGCGAAUGAGAUUGCUGAAAAGCAGUCCGUGGCAGAAGUCACUGAAAAGUCUAUUGACUCUGCUAGAUUAGUUUAUACACCCAUUGCAGUGCAUUCUACGGUUCUUUUUUUCACUACAGCUGAUUUGGCUAAUAUUGAUCCAAUGUAUCAAUAUUCUCUUUCAUGGUUUGUCAAUUUAUUUAAGAUGACAAUUGACAACACUGAUCCUGUAGAUGAUGUAAAUCAGCGUAUUGCUGGUCUUAUUAGUGGCUUCACAUAUGCACUCUACUGCAAUAUUUGCCGCAGCCUCUUUGAAAAGGAUAAACUUUUGUUUUCCUUAGUGCUUUGCACCAAUUUAAUGAAGCAACAAAACAAAGUGAAUGGAGAAGACUGGAUGUUCUUCCUCACUGGUGGAGUUGGAUUAGAUAAUCCUCAUCCCAAUCCAACCUCCUGGCUUGACUGUCCUUCUUGGGAUACAUUAUGCCGCCUAGAUGAUCUUCCAUCAUUUCAAGGUAUUCGGAGUGACUUUGAAAAAAAUACUGCAGGAUGGAAAGAUUAUUUCGACAGUGCUGAACCUCAGAACACUCCAGUCCCAGGGGCAUGGAAUACAAGUUUGAAUGAGUUUCAAAAACUUCUAAUUCUGAGAGCCUUGCGAGCUGAUAAGGUUGUGUCAGGUGUUCAGAAUUACCUGUCAGCGAAAAUGGGUAGCAAGUUUGUGGAACCUCCUCCAUUUGACUUGGUUUCUUCCUUUAACGACUCCCACAGCUGUAUUCCUUUAAUAUUUAUAUUGACCCCUGGUGCUGAUCCUACAGCAGUUCUCUUGAAAUUUGCUGAUGAUCAGGGUUUUGGGGCCAAUCGACUUUUCUCACUAUCCCUCGGCCAGGGCCAGGGACCCAUAGCUGUUAAAUUAAUCGAAGAAGGUGUCAAAAGUGGGACAUGGGUUGUAUUGCAAAAUUGCCAUCUUGCAAAAAGCUUUAUGCCUACAUUAGAAAAGAUAGUGGAAAACUUGUCUCCUGAAAACACACAUCCAGACUUUAGACUGUGGUUGACGUCAUAUCCUACAGAAAACUUUCCUGUUUUAAUUUUACAAAAUGGGGUGAAAAUGACAAAUGAACCUCCGAAGGGCCUCCGAUCCAAUAUUAUUCGAUCUUUCCUGAGUGACCCCAUCACUGAUCCUGAGUGGUUUGAAAGCUGUCGUCAAGGCGAAGUUUUCAAGCAAAUGUUGUAUUCUUUGUGCUUUUUCCAUGCUGUGGUCCAAGAACGAAGAAAAUAUGGUCCACUUGGCUGGAAUUUUCCGUAUGAAUUUAAUGAGACAGAUCUGCGAAUUAGUGUUCAGCAACUUCAUAUGUUCCUUAAUUUAUAUGAGGAAGUUCAAUUUGAAGCUCUUCGGUACUUGACUGGAGAAUGUAACUAUGGUGGAAGAGUGACAGACGAUUGGGACCGGAGAUGCCUUAAUACCAUUCUUUCAAAGUUUUAUUGCCCUGAGCUGGUAGGAAAUGCUGAUUAUGCAUUUGACUCGUCAGGAAAGUACAAGGCUCCUAUUUUAAAAGAGUAUGAUGCAUAUCUAUCAUAUAUCAAAAGUCUACCUUUAAUAGCACAACCAGAGGUGUUUGGAAUGAAUGAAAAUGCAGAUAUAAUUAAAGAUCAACAAGAAACAAGUCUUCUCCUCUCAACCAUUCUCUUAACAGAGGAUGUUGCUUCAGCUGGAACAGGCAAAAAAUCUCAAGAUGAGGUGGUUUUAGACCAGUCUAGAGAUAUUAUCAGUCGGCUGCCUGACAACUUUGAUACUGAAAUAGCAAUUCUGAAGUAUCCUACAAUGUAUGAGCAAUCUAUGAAUACCGUUCUCAUUCAAGAAAUGGGCCGUUUUAAUAUAUUACUGACUUGUAUUCGUGAAAGUCUGAUUAAUGUAGAGAAAGCCAUAAAAGGAGAAAUAAUUAUGUCAUUUGCACUGGAAGGUGUGGUUAACAGCCUUUUAACCUCAAGAAUACCAGCUAUGUGGGCUAAAAAGUCGUACCCCUCCCUAAAGCCUCUUGGAAGUUACAUUAAUGACUUUGUUCUACGGCUAGAAUUUCUCCAGAAAUGGUAUGAAAAUGGACCACCUGCUGUCUUCUGGCUCUCUGGCUUCUAUUUCACUCAAGCCUUUAUGACAGGUGCACAACAGAAUUUUGCUAGGAAAUAUUCCAUACCUAUAGAUUUACUUACAUAUGAUUUUGAGGUUCUCUCUGACGACAUGCCCUCAAGCCCACCAACUGAUGGUGCCUAUAUUCAUGGCUUAUUUUUGGAUGGUGCCCGCUGGAAUCGAAGUAGCAGAACUGUGGAUGAAGCUUUCCCUAAAAUUUUGUCAGAUACUGUACCAGUGAUAUGGUUCCAACCAAUUAAAGUUGAAGAUUUAAAGGACAAAGUUACGUACAAUUGUCCAUUAUACAAGACUAGUGAGAGACGUGGAGUUCUUGCAACAACAGGGCAUUCCAGCAAUUUUAUAAUAGCUAUUAGACUCCCAACUGACAAGCCUCAAGAUCACUGGAUUUUGAGAGGAACAGCAUUGCUCUGCCAACUGUCUUCAUAAAAAUUGGAAAAGUUCUGGGAUUUAAGUUAAUUGUGAGUGACAUUGUAUUACAGGUCAGAAUUUAUUAAAUUACACAGGUCCUAGA